GCACCAUGGCCCGCACGGCUCCCCCGACAGUGCCGCCGCCGCCGGGGCCGCCGGCCCGCGGCUCCCUCAGCCUCCAUCGCGCCUACCUGCGGAGCCCGCUGGGCCUGCUACGCCUGGGGCAGCUGGCUCUGGGCGCUGCCUUCUGGGUGACGGUAGCGGCUCAUAAGUACGAGGGGGCGGCCCACUUCGCUCUGUUUGCCGCCGUCCUCGUCUGGCUCCUCACCCUGGCCCUCUUCGGGCUGAGCCUGCUGGGGCGCUGGGAGCUGGUGCCUUGGCUGGGCUCCCGCUGGCUCCUCACCAACCUGGUGCACGACCUGGCACUGGGUGUGGGGCUCUACGCAGCUGCCACUGGCAUCAUGGGUCACAAGGCCAAACAGAGAAGCUUUUGCAACCUGCCGGGCUACAGCCAGCACUGCCUGUACAGCGCCUACCUGGGCGCCUCCAUCUGCGGGGGCAUCACUGCCUGCCUGUACCUCUUCUCUGGGCUCUAUUGCCUGUCACGGCGUUGCCAGGACCAGCGAGACAUCAUCUAAGAUCCUGUGCCACUUGGCUCCCCUUCUCAGCUGCAGACAGAACACAGCCUGUCUUUGGGAUGAAAUGACCCUGCCGCCCCAUCCCCUCCUGGCUGACUGCACUGCAAUUCCUCCAGAGAUCCUGCACAGAUGGAUGGACAGACAGAGGCCUUCGCCAAGCACGGCUUCCCCUGCAGCGCACUGAGACAGCGUGGACACCCAGCCACUGCACAGGCCUUUCUCCCACCCCUGGACAGACGUAAGCUACUGCAAGUGGAAGGACCUAAUUGGAGAGCCCCUAAGAGGGAUACCAUUCUUUGGGAAGACCCCUAGGACUCAAGCCAAAAUCUCCUGCCCCUGGUCUUGCAGAUGCUGCAUGCUCAGGUGGGUGCUGACUUUUCCCUGGGGUGAGAGGGACUGGCCUGGGGGAGCUGAGCUGCGGGCAGCAGUGCCUAGUGGAGUUGGAUGGACAUAAAACCCCCUGACCUGCUGGCAGCCCCAUCUUGCCAUUCAACCUGCAUGGCGUCUCCACAAUUCCUUAAGGGACACUCUGAACUUGGCUUCCCCAGCCUGGCCCCCUCCUUCUGUCUGGCCUGAAAACAUCCUUCAUCUUAUUGGAGCCCCAAAGGGCUCAGUGCCUCCCUGCCCUGCAUUCAGGAAGUGUGGAGACACCCAGGUACUGCACAGCCAGAUCCAGCAUCACCCCAGUCCAGUUUGGAGAUGGAGCAGGGCAGCAAGGUCUCCAUUGCUGUGGAGGGAGGGGAAGGACAAGUGGAGCUGUAACCUAUUCUGUCACCCUGGGCAGGGGAUAAAUUCCUCCAUCCCUGGAGUUUGUACAGUCCUGGGAUGGGGCUGGGUGCCCCAGGGGUUGAGAGGAGCCAGUCAUGGGGUUGUUCUCUCCUGCUGUACCUGCAGAGAAGUUGCCUCCAAGCCACCCAGAGCCACUGAACCAGCCCUGGGGCCAGGCUACUCCAAAAGGGACAGAAACAGCCUCGCUGAUGGUUCUGGAGACCAGCCUGCAGCCCUGCCUGUCUCUGCUGCACUUGGUUUACCAUCCUGGAAAAUUUUCAUCUCUGGACUCUCUGGCACUGGGCAGUGCUUGGAGACUGUGGUGAGGUGGAGAGGAAGGGUGAGCAUUGCAGCAUGGCAGUGCUAGGCUGUGCUAGCACUCUGGCCAUGGGGGAGCUGGGGCCAGGCAUUGUGGGAGCACGACCUGUCUUGGAGAACAGAAGAGGACACUGGCAACUGGAUCCAGCCCAGCCCUGGAUCAGCCUCCACAACCUACCAAGUGCCAAGCCCUGAUGAGCCCAUGUAGGGCUGACUAGAGAAAAUGGCAGCCAGAGACAGAAUUUUUGUAGCAGCACCAUGCUGGGGCUGCCCUGCCACAAGCCCUCCUCACCCUGCCUGGAGGCAGGUCCUCUCUUAUUGCUCCCUGUGCAGAAAGGGUCUGCUCCAGUCUCUGUGCAGACUCAGAUCAGUGAGAUGUGUGUCCCCAGCAGCUGGCCAUAGGUGCCUGUUGCCUGGAGCUCCUGGAGCUUUUUUUUUUUUUUUUUUUUUUUUUUUUUUUUUUUUUUUUUUUUUUUUUGUGGUGGAGAGCAGCAGCCAUGAUUCCCCAGGGGCUUGAAGGGGUCUGGUUUGGUACUGGGUCACCACUUCCAUCAUGAUAUGCUGUCCCAGUGGAUACCCCAUCAUGCUCAGGGGCCCUGCCAAGCCCCAGGCCAUGUACUCCUCCCCUGGGUAGGACAUACUGUCUGUGCCCUGUGUCAAGGCUGGACCCUGACACCCCCUGCCUCUGCCUUACUCUGGUGCAGCCCUUGGCCCAGGCUGUCCAAAAUGCCCUCGGUGCUUCUGCCACCACAAGUGCCUUCCCCAGGCUUUCUGCAGCUCUGUCUGUCACACCAGCUCUAUCCCCCUACAGCCUCUUUUCAGGUGCCAAUGGAUUCACCUUCCAAAUAAAGCAAUGUUGGCGCUCA